AUGACGGAAGGUGAGAGCUAUUUACACGCAAAAGUGAGACUCGAGCACGAAAGGAUUCUAGAUCUCAAGCAUGUGCCCCUGCGACUAUUAUCAACCUCCUUACCUUUGAAGGUCUACCUCAACCCGGGACAGUUGAAUAGGUACCAGUUUCGGUAUUGCCGAGGUCGUGAGGAUGUAGAUAUGGGCGAGCGUCAAGGAAAGGUUGGCGGCAAACACUCGUUGGACGGAGCCCAGCCCUGCCCCCAAGUCUUGGUAGAUCUGACGGGGUUCGAGCCCGUGGGACUUGGGAGGUUCAGCGCCCUCGCCGACAUGGACUUAGGCUGCAUUUUCACAAAAUGCCAUUGUAUUUUAUUCUCCCCGGAUAUGGGCCAAGUGAAGUCGAAACUAUUACCAACGGAAGAGCAUACGGCGACUUUAUUUUAUAUAUAUAUAUAUAUAUAUAUUUUUUUUAAAAAAAAACCCUGA